AAUCAGCUGUGCACUGUACUGUCAGCUGCUGUCCAUGAGAUUGACAAAGUGGACUGAGUGACAGGUUGUGGUCUACGUUGCAACAGAAGACCUACUGCGAACAGUAUUUCCAUCCUUUGCCAAAGCCAAGCCCGCAGAAAUCCAAGUAUUUGCUCUCAACAGACCUUGGAAUAAUUAAAAUGAGUGAGACACCAUCCCUGUCUGGCAAGGUGGCCAUGAUAACUGGCGCGUCCACCGGUAUCGGGAAAGCCUCCGCAGUUGCGCUGGCCAAACUCGGGGUCAAGGUCGCCCUUGCAGCGAGAAGCGAGGACGCCCUCCAGAAGGCGGUGGAAGAGAUCACAAGUCAGGGUGGGACUGCCAUAGGGGUGAAGACUGACGUCACAAAGAGGGACCAGGUGAAAGCUUUGGCUGCUGAGACUGAGUCAAAGCUGGGCCCAGUGGACAUUGUGGUCAACUCGGCGGGGAUCUGGUACUACACCCUGAUGACCAAUCUCAAGGAGGACGCCUGGGAGGAGAUGAUUGACAUCAACUGCAAGGGUGUGUUGAACUCCAUCGGGGCUGUACUGGACAGUAUGGUCAAGCGCAAGACAGGACACAUCAUCAACAUUUCCUCCGACUCCGGAAGAAGACCGUUUGAGGGCAUCGCGGUGUACGGAGGCACCAAGUACUUCGUGGAGGGCAUGACCGCCUGCAUGAGGCGCGAAGUCGCACAACACGGCAUCCGGAUGACCAAUGUCCAGCCGGGUAAAGUCGCAACACCGGGAGCCCUGAAGGCUCCGAUUGAUACAGCGGCGGUAGAGCUGUACAACACGAGCACAGAGGUACAGGUGUUGGACGCAGAAGAUGUGGCCCGCGCCGUGGUGUACGCCGCCUCUCAGCCGAGCCAUGUGGCGGUCAAUGAGGUUCUCGUGCAGCCUCUCCUCCGACCUGUGUGACCUGGGAACUGACCACUGAACCCACGACCUCUGUGACCUGUGAACUGACCACUGAACCCACGACCUCUGUGACCUGCCAACUGACCACUGAACCCACAACCUCUGUGACUUGUGAACUGACCACUGAACCCACGACCUCUGUGAACUGUGAAUUGACCACUGAACCCCCGACCUCUGGGACCUGUUAGCUGACCACUGGAGCCUCCGACCUCUGUCACCCCCACCCAUCCCCGCCCUGAGGCAGUGCUACUGACUGAAGUGUCUUUAAGCCAUUCCCAAAGGGGAGGAUAUUAACAUGUUCUUAUG